AUCCUAAAAGAUCAUUUCAUUUCCCAACAAACGUAGCAAAUGGCUUCCAUAGCUGGUGUUAGUCUCACAAGCCCAAGAAUCUUAUCCAAAUCAUCCGAAACUCAAUCCUUCAAAUUCCCAACACUUAACAACCCAUGGAAGAACUCAUCAUCAGCUCAAUUUGGAUACCGCAAGAUGUAUGUAGUACGUGCGACACCUGACAACAAGCUGUCUGAUUUAAUAGCGGAAAGUGUAAAAGAAGCAGAAGAAGCGUGUGCUGAGAAUCCAGUGAGCGGUGAGUGUGUAGCUGCAUGGGAUGUGGUGGAAGAGACUAGUGCAGCAGCAAGCCAUGCAAGGGAUAAGAAGAAGGAUAAUUCUGAUCCAUUGGAGAAUUACUGCAAGGAUAAUCCUGAGACUGAUGAGUGCCGUACUUAUGAUAAUUGAUUAUGUGUUGUGUUUUUCUAAUGGUAAUUUGAUACUUGUGUUUUAAAAACACUGUUAUCUUGGAUGAAUAUUAAUUCUUGAAUAUUGCUAAAGUUAAUCUUAUCUUA